CAGGCCACUCGAUUAAUCAAUCACUUUUGCAUUGCCCACUCGCUUUACUAUGCGAUUCAGAGGGAGGUAGGUGGCUGUGUGCAUUUGGCUGACUUGAAUAAUCAAUACGUGCCUUCCUUAAGUGCUGUUAAAUCACCUACAUUCUGCUCCUCAGAGUCAGGAUGGCAUCAUUUUCGUUUCGCGUUUCACUGCUUCUGUUACCGGACCAUGCGACUGCUGAAAACACGCGACCUCGAGUUCGAGGAGUUCGCAAAUGACGAGCACCGACCUCCGUACGCCAUCUUGUCGCAUACAUGGGGACCUGACGAGGUCACAUUUGCCCAUCGUGUCGGCCGCCAGGAUCCGGCAAAGGCGGGAUACGCGAAGAUCCAUGGCUGCUGCAAGAUCGCGGAGUCGGAGGGAUUCCAGUAUGUCUGGAUUGACAGCUGCUGCAUCGACAAGUCGUCGAGCGCUGAGCUAUCGGAGGCGAUCAACUCCAUGUUCCAGUGGUACCGCGACGCUGCCAUCUGCUACGCCUAUCUGAGCGACGUCCGUGUCUUGGAGGACCCCGCCGGCGAGAUGCCCGCGUUCUCGGCCAGCCGUUGGUUCACGCGCGGAUGGACCCUGCAGGAGCUCCUUGCUCCGACCGAGCUCGUCUUUUUCGCCUCUGACUGGACCGAAAUUGGCACCAAGUCGUCCCUUGCCAGAACCGUCUCGAGGAUUACGAGGAUUGAUGAAAAGAUCCUUAAGGGGGGCGACUGGUCCGGAUAUAGCGUCGCCCAGAAGAUGUCGUGGGCGGCAGGCCGCCAGACCACCAGACCCGAGGAUGAGGCGUACUGUCUCAUGGGCUUGUUCGACGUCAACAUGCCGCUGCUCUAUGGCGAAGGUCGGAAAGCAUUUCUCCGUCUACAGCAGGAGAUCUUGAGGGUCUCCGAAGACCAGUCCAUGUUUGCAUGGUCAUGCGACAACACAGAGGAGCUGACACGCUCAGAGAUGACGGGCGGCUGGGUUAAUACAACACCAGUCAGUCCUAGACCCCCAAUCGACUCUGCAUAAGCAGCAAGUACGUCCGCCCGAGCGGAGGUCAGUUCGGUCGGAGACGGAUGGCAUCCCGACGAGUCUGCUCCACCAGGCUACUCCUGAGUCUCAAAGCACGCCGAUGUCCGAGCCGAAUAGCGAGAGUCUAAUCGCCACCGUUAGCAUACCUUUCCGGCCUUUUACAUUCUGGUCGUAUUACACCUUCCACGACCCCAUCGUAGUCGUUCCACUUCGGUGCGGGAUCGGCACUAGACAGCUGGGGAUCAUCCUUUGUCGGGGUUCUGCCAAAGAGAUAUUGCCAGGAGUAAAUCCACUUUCGCGCCUCCACCAGCCAUCUCUCGUCGCGUUCAGCAGCCCAUUGGAAUUCGAUCGACGGCUACCUACCACUAGAUACGCCAUUAUUUCGAACAAACCUAGCAAUGGUACAGUUGGC